AUGGACAGCAGGCUGUUGCCCGUUCCUACAGAUUCCGAAAUCGCGGCCGAGUUUCGGCGCCAAGGCCUUGUCCCGGGCGAUUUAGAAGGCCUCUUCCGGCGGGCGGCAGCGUCGUCCAUUGACACCCUAGGGCCGCUCGGGCCGGUGACGGCGUUGGUGGCGGACUUGCUGAACAACCACCCGGACAAGGCGGAAGUGCUCUUCCUCUUCGCCCGCCUGUUCAGCACGCCCAACUACGCCUUCCUCGACCCGCCCGUCUCCCCCGCCGCUCGCUUCUUCGCCCUCCCGCCGGACGACGCCGUCGACCGCGUCAGCCGUCUCCCCGACGCGCUCCUCGCCGACAUCGUAUCCCGCCUCCCCGUCAAGGACGCUGCGCGCACGGUUGCCCUCUCCCGCCGCUGGCGUGGGGUCUGGCGCUCCGCCCCGCUCGUCCUCGUCGACGCCGACCUCGUCCCGGACACCUCCGUUCUGUCCACCGUCGUCGCCGCGCACCCGGGGCCAAUCCGCUGCGUCCACCUCACCAACAGCUGCACGGUGGAGUUCCAUGGCCUGCUCAAGCACUGUGUCGAGCACCUCGCCGACAAGGGCAUCCAGGAACUCGUCCUCGUGAACCGCCGCUGGCCGCUCGACUUCGCUCUCCCCGCCACCUUCUUAGGCAUGGCCACCCUCACCCGUCUCUACCUCGCCCUCUGGAAGUUCCCCUCCACGGUCGGCCUCCCUUCCGCCACUUGUUUCCCGAACCUCCGUGAGCUGGAGCUCUGCACCGUCCUCAUGGAGGGCAGGGAUUUGGACUUCAUCCUCGACAGGAGCCCUGUGCUGGAGAAUCUCUGUAUCCAGGGCAAUCUGUUAAAGUUUCACCUCCGCCUUGUUAGCCAAAGCCUCCAGUGCGUGCGUCUCCUCGGGUGUUUCGUUCAAGAAAUCUUCGUGGUGCACGCCCCGAGACUUGAGCAGCUCAUCCAUUCGGAAGCUUGGAUCCCUGGUGGGAACUGCUCCAAGAUCAAGAUUGGCCAUGCCCCCAAGCUUCAGCUCUUGGGAUUUUUGCAUCCAAGAAAUCAUGUCCUAGAGCUCGGCAACACCGUCAUCAAAGCUAGGACAAUGGUGAGCCCAAGCACCAUGGUACCAACUGUAACAUUCCUGGGUAUGGAAGUGCAUUUCGGAGUCCGCAAUGAUCUCAAGAUGAUCCCUAGUGUCCUCAGAUGUUUUCCAAAUGUUAUGACGCUCCACAUCAGGUCCGGGAAAACUGAUCAUUCCACUGGCAAGCUCAACCUAAACUUCUGGUAUGAGUCUGGUGCCAUUGAAUGCAUCCACUGGAGCAUCAAACGGCUUGAUUUCUAUGACUUCCAAGGCGGUCGAAGUGAGCUGGCAUUCCUCAAAUUUUUCUUUGAGACCGCAUUUGUGCUGGAGGAGGUGGUGAUUCAGUUGGCCACUAGUUUCACUUCGAUGGAAGAGGUGCAUCCCAAAUUGGAGAGCCUAGGGUCCAUCCAACUGGCCAGUGAACCCUGCUCAGUUCUGGUCACUGGCUGUCCUGGUUCUGAUCAAGAGUGGAGGUUACAUUAAGAGCUUCAAGAGAGGUUCUGAAUUUUCUCUUUGCGACCAUUUUGCUAACUACCCUGUUGCUGCACUAUGUGCAUGCAUGCCACUGUUUGAGAUUUAUUUACAGGGUUUGAGCACCUCUGGGUUCUACUAGCAUGAUUAGCUUAAGUAUUGUAGUACAAUUAUUGGUAUGCACAAGUAUGAGCAUGUUGCAAUUA